GAGAGCAUGUUCAUGAUGGGACUACCAUGGCUGCUAGUUUUGGAGCUUGUCCUUUACGCUGGGUGUUUCAUCUGUGGGGUGAUAGCUGCCGCCUGGAUGACACUCACUCAGGGCCACUUUGAUGGACGGUGCAUCCUCUAUGGAAGUGUUCAUUAUAAUGCAUCUGGCCAGGCUUUGACUGUGGAAGGCUCCAGUUCUCCUUCAGUGUGCUAUUUCGUGUCAGCCAUCUCUGUGUGCAUGGCUAUUUACUGCUUUUCCCUUAUUCUUUACUGGAUCUAUGCCAGCUGUGUAGAUGAGGAUGUGAGAAGGGGGACUGUUUCUCUCAACACUUCUCUGGGAGUCUGUGGUCUUCUUCUGUUUUUUCUCAUGGUAUCAGGAUGUAUUCUCAAGAUCGGUCGGGACAGCCUGUGUUUCUCUGUCCUUCACAACACUCCCUCUAUUACCAGUUGUGAAGAUGCAGAGAAUAAAACUUGGGCCCAUCCAUACACCGGAAAUCGGUUCUACACAGGACUGUACAGUACUGAGAGAUCUAUGUGGGUAAGCUUCUUCUUCUGGGUGUUAAUAACGGCUGUGGUGGUCAUACAGAGACGCCAGAGCUCAAGGUUGAAGGUUUGGGGUGAUGAUGAAUGGAGCCGUGCUGAGACAGAGCCCUUCCUCCAUCGCCCGUCCCGCCAGAGAUAAAUCAGCAGAGGCCACUAUUACAUGAGCUUAGAUGCAAUGUUUAGUGUAUACACUUAGAUGGGACCACAAGCAGUUAUGAAAUACCUAAAAAUAUUUUCAUUGCAACAUUUGAAUUUUUAUUUAAUUAUUCACAUAAACAGUUCUUUGAUGUUUGAUAGCUACAAUAAUAUACACAAAGUUUUGAUAUAUGUCCAGAGAGACAAUAAACAUGUCUUAGACCAUGUCUUUGGACAUAUAGAAAAAUACACCAGGAUAAAUUCAUAAUGGCUAAUAUACAGUCUUUAUAAUUCUUUACAAAUGUGUGCUGUGGAUUGUUUAGAGGAUUAAAAGAAAUCUACGCCAAUAACUGAUGGUACGAAUAUAACAUUUAGAGUUGAAGUGUGUAAAUUCUGCCCUACUACCUGAAGAAAUCAUGAUGGUUUUCAAAAAGGUUUGCCAAACACUCCCCCCAUCAGCCAUUGGUUGAGCAAACAGAUAGUCCCGCCCCAAACUCACACUAUUGGUUGAGUGAUUGUUGUUGUUUCAAGAUUAGAUUUUAAUUUAAAAAAAAAAAGAAAUUCCACAUCACAUUUCCACAUCACACUAGCAGACCACUAUUUUUUACUGUCAAUGCCAAUUUCAUUGAAUUUAAGUGGUAAGCUAUUUCCCCCACUGUGUUUUAGAGCUGCUUACUUAG